AUGAGCUUGUCUCGGAUCGUUUCGCCCCUGGCGAGCAAGAUCCGCUACGACAUCGAGAACCUGUUCCACCACCAGUACGUUCACCAUCCUGUGUACUUCCGAGACACAAACCUCAAGCCGGGGGGUUCCCUCUACGCGGACAAGGAGCGAGCCGACGAGAUGCUGUACUUCACGAAGGAGAGCGCAAGGCUCCUGGACAACAUCCUUCGGAAGUGGAACGCAGAGAGGGACUGGAUCGAGUACCAGGAAUGGCUGGGGCUGCACAAACUGCGGAUCAUCGUGAGGAAGUGGGAUCUGACCAAGUCUGAGCGCGAAGCUCUGAAGACCUGGGGAGCUGCAUACUAG